AGUGUUUCAUAAUCCUAAGUUUCUGUUAAUUAAACCUUUCUUUCUUCUACUCUUUAUCUAAACUAUUUUAUAUUAUUUGUUCCCUCAACAAACUUCUUGUUUUUCCUUUCCUCUUGUGACUUCUAUAUCUUAUCUCUUAGAGUUCUUCAAUUUUUAUUAAUUUGGCUCAACACUUUAUAACUUAUAAUCAUUGUUCAUAUUGUAUUACAUUAUUUAACAUAGAAGAAAUCAACAUUUAACAUAUCCAUGAAGUUUAUGAAAGUAGGAUCUCGUCCAGAUACCUUCUACACUACAGAGUCAGUAAGAUCAAUCUCUUCUGAAGUUUCAAGUGACCUCAUAAUUCAAGUUAAAGGAACUAGAUAUCUUCUUCACAAGUUUCCACUGCUAUCAAAAUCUUUGCACCUACAAAGAUUAUGUUCAGAUUCAAUUGAUUCACCAAAUCAUCAAAUAGUACAACUCCCCGAUUUUCCGGGUGGAAUCGAACCAUUUGAACUCUGUGCAAAAUUCUGCUAUGGAAUCACAAUAACUAUAAGUCCAUACAACUUUGUUUCUGUAAGAUGUGCUGCAGAAUAUUUACAAAUGACAGAAGAUGCAGAAAAAGGUAACUUGAUUUACAAGUUAGAAGUUUUCUUCAAUUCUUGUGUCCUUAAAGGUUGGAAAGAUUCAAUUGUGACAUUACAAACCACAAAAAAGGAAUUGUCUUUAUGGUCCGAGGAUUUGUCGAUUACAACUAGAUGCAUUGAAGCUAUUGUUUCAAAAGUGAUUUUGUAUCAUAGAAAUGAUGAUGUAUCUUGUAGUGGAACAGAAAGUAAAAGAUGGUGGGGUGAAGAUUUAUCAGAAAUGAGAUUAGAUCUUUAUUGGAGGAUUAUGAUAGCUAUUAAAUCUUGUGGAAAGAUACAAUCAAAUAUAGUUGGUGAUGCUUUGAAAGUUUAUGCUUAUAGAUGGUUAACAAAUAUUCCAAAAAUUCGGAAUGAUUCUGAUUCUGGUUCUGAUAUUGAUAAAGAAAGCGAAAUAACUUCGAAGAACCGUUUGGUUUUGGAAACAAUAGUGAGUUUGAUUCCAUCUGAAAAAGGUUCUGUUUCAUGUAGCUUUCUUCUUAAACUAUUGAAUGCAUCAAACAUUUUGAAUGUUUCUUCAUCUUUGAAGAUGGAAUUGGCAAAAAGGGUAGGACUUCAAUUGGAGGAAGCAACAGUGAAUGAUCUUUUAAUACCUUCAAUGACUUGUAGUGAAAAUGAUAUGAUUUAUGAAGUGGAUUUAGUUAUGAAUAUAUUGGAAGAGUUUAUGUUGCAACAAGAUCAAAGUACACCAACUAGUCCUUCAAGAAGGUUUGGUUCUGAGAGAAGGAGGUCGCGUUCGGCUGAGAAUGUUGAUUUUGAGUUGAUUGAGAGUCGAAGGUCGUAUUCUGCUUCGCAUGGUUUGAAGUUAAAGGUUGCAAAGCUUGUUGAUAAAUAUCUUCAAGAGAUUGCUAAGGAUGUGAAUUUGCCUUUGUCUAAAUUCAUUGAUGUUGCUGAAAUUGUACCUGAAUUUGCAAGACAUGACCAUGAUGAUCUAUACAUUGCUGUUGACACUUAUCUUAAGGUUCAUUCAGAAUUCAACAAAACAGAAAGAAAAAAAUUAUGCAGAAUUCUAGAUUGCAAAAAACUAUCCAUGGAAUCAUGCAUGCAUGCAGCACAAAACGAGCUACUUCCACUAAGACUUGUUGUCCAAGUUCUCUUCAUUGAGCAAGCAAGAGCAGCAGCAUCUGGUGAAAAGGUUACUUGCAUGUCAAGCAACAUCAAAGCAUUACUCGAAGCUAAUGGAAUUGACUCAUCACGAUUAAGUUCUACUACAAGUAUACAACAUGAUGAUAAUUCAAGUGUUUCUGGAUUCAAAUCAACAAAGAAUUCAAGUCUUAAGAUGAAACUAGCAGAGGAGGAAUUAGAUGAUGAAAAUAAUAAUGAUGUUGCAAGCAAUGGAAUUGGAAGAAGUUCUAGAUUUAAAAGUCUUGGUUCUCUUCCUAAUAAGCCUAAAAGAAUGUUUAGUAAGUUUUGGUCUACCAAUAGAAGAAGAGCUGAAAAGAAUUGAGUGAUUUUUUUUUUUUUUGGUUUGGGAAAUGGUUAAUUUAGAGGGCAAUAUAUAUAAUACUGUAUUUUUAUGUUUUUGCAAAGGGAGUACUUGUUAACUUCUAGGGAAAAUCAAUGAUAUCCAAAUGUAAAGUGUUCAUGUAAUUUAUAAUAAUAAGAAAUGAGAUUUUUUCUACAUUA